UGUUAAUACGCUUGUAAAACAAAGUACGCCAAUUUGUUUUCUUCCUUUUUUGUAUGCAAAGAAAAACAAUUUAAAUUUUUGUGUCUUUUUAAUAAGAACAAUUCAAAAGUGAUGUGGAAUUUUGAAGUAACAAAAUUUGUGAAAUAAUAUUAAUAGUGAUUUUUGUGUUGUUUUCUUUUAGUGUAAAUUUUGUGUAUUUUUAUUCUGUAACAAUGCUAACUUCUUCAAGUGCUGCAAAUCAAUAUUUACGACCGGAAUAUUUAACCCCGCUUCCAACCACAUUAGAUGCCAAGAAAAGUCCAUUGGCGUUAUUGGCACAAACAUGCAGUCAAAUUGGUGCGGAUUCACCUAAUACCAAAUUAAUAACAUCAAGUGAAAAAACCAAAAGCAAACAAACAAAUGAAACAUUACGUGAAAAAUCGUCGCCAGCCUCUAGUAAUAAUUCUGUAAGCGAUUUAUCAAUCAAAUCAUCAAGUUUUAAACCAUAUGAUCUCAAUAGUUCAAGUCGAGACAAAUCACGUUCACCAGAAGAACGAACCAGCUCGGUAAAUAGUCGUGUACGUACACCAAUGUCUAUAAAAAGUAGCGGCAAUCAAUCAGGACGAUGUGCUAGUAAUCAAAGUGCGUCAUCUCCAAGAACCUCCCCACAUUUAACACAACUUGGCAGUCGGAGUAAAACUCCAGCUUCAAAUCAUAGUGAUUCACCACAUUUAAGUGAAUCUACACCGAAAAGGGCAGAAACGUCAACACCCAAAAGUACUGAGAGUUCAUCGACAGUUGCAUCGUCUACAAGGAAUGGCUAUGCUCCAAGUGUAUAUACGUCUGCAGCAGAUUCAGCAGUUCAAUUAGGAACUGCUUAUAAAUCAGGCAGUUUACCUCCAGUCACUUCAUCAUACCUUUCUUAUCCUACAACAAAUGGUUUACCGUUACCGAUAGACUUAAUGACUUCGAGCUUAAUGGCCGCUCAACAUCACCAUGCCUUAAAGUCAUUAGAGUAUGCACGGUUAAAGAAUUCUGUACAACCAGUGUGCAGAGAUCCAUACUGUACCGGUUGUUCGCUAAAUUCACAUUUUAUAGCGACUACAACAUCAGCAGGUGGAAAACCUGGUGGAAGCUGUCCUGCGGGUUGUUUACAAUGUGAUCAUGCUAAAACUGGAAGUAAUGCAUCAAGUUAUGCAGCAGCGUAUGCCCAUGCGCAAUUGGCUGCUUUAGCAGCCGCGUCACAGUUACCAUAUGUAUGUAAUUGGAUUGCUGGAGAUGCUAAUUACUGUGGAAAACGGUUUGGUAGUUCUGACGAAUUAUUACAACAUUUACGAACACAUACGAAUUUAGCUAGUUUACCCGAAUCCAUGUUAAGUGCACAUAGUAUACCCCCACCCCACCCGUUAUUGCAUAGAACUUAUCCAACUCCACCCUUAAGCCCAUUAGCCACCGCAAGGUAUCAUCCGUAUGGAAAACCGUCACCAUUGUUACCACCAUCAGCCUUAGCGUCGUCACCUUUGGCUGGAUUUUCUUUACCUCCACAUCCUGGCUUACCACCAUAUUUUUCGCCAUAUUCUUUGUAUGGCCCAAGAUUAGGAGCGACGCCAGGAAUGCAUCCAUGAAGUGAUUUAAAAUUUUAAAAUAUAUAUGAAUGCCAAAAAUUUUAGUCUGUGGUAAUUUUUAUCAAAAAGAAUCAGAGCAAGCAAGUCAUGAAUUCUGAAGGUUGCCAUGGUAAAUUAAUAUGAUUCCAAAAAAAAAUCAAAAAUUCAAAUUCUUCGUUCAUAAUGUUAACACAAUUUGUGUAAGAAACACCGCAAACACCGAAACAAUGUUCCUCUUCUAUUCGAUAACCAACAAAUUGGAUAACAAGCUUCACUGCUCAAUUUCUCAAAGCUAGUGAAAUAAUGCUAAUGUUUGAAUUGAUUAUGCGCAUAUUCCGUGAUUUUGGUUGUAAAUGUUAAUAAUAUAAAUCACAAAAUCUAUGCGGUCUUGUUUAUAACAUCGUUUAGCGGAGUAAUUUAUAUGAACAAAUAUAGUUUCAUUUUUACUAUAGAACUAACUAUAGUUUCAUUUUUAUGAACAAAGAAUUUUACAGUAAUGCAUUAUAUACUUAAAUUCUCAAACUUAUGGCAACUACUCUGGCGGUUUUUCUAUGGCUAGUGAGAUAAUAAUUUCGUUUAAUAAAAUUAAAUUAAAAGAUUUCGUUUGAUCCCAUCAGCCACUAUUGAUUCUAAAACAUCCAAAUUGGAUAUUAAUACUCACUACUUUUUCUCUGCGCUUAAUACUGUUUAACAAAACACUUGUGUACUUUAAAAUUGUAAAUUUGUUAAUAUUUAUAAACGUUUU